AUGGGUGAUUACGCAGCAGCUCUACAAGCGCUUGAAAAUGAUUUACGAAUUAAGAAAAAUGUAUUGCAAGCAGGUAAUCCAACUUUUGGUUUAACAUACUGUUUGCUAGGACGAGUUUAUCGAAGUAUGAAAGAUUACUCAAAAGCGCUUGAAUAUUUUGAAAUGUGUGUCACAAUAGCUGAAGAAACGUUACCGGAGAAGCAUCCCAAUCGGGCUAUUGUAUACAGUAAUAUCGGCGAUGUUCAUCGAUUAAUGGGUAGUUAUGAAAUGGCAGUUUCAUUCCAUCAAAAAGCAUUGAAUAUUCAAGAAAACGUUCAAUGUAAUCCUCUGGAGUGUGCAACAACAUAUACGAAUUUUGGUGAAACUUAUCGAGAUAUGAAAGAUUAUUCAACGGCAUUGACAUAUUUUCAAAAAGCAUUACAAAUUCGUGAAAAGAAACUACUAAAAGGUCAUCCUGAUUUAGCUGCAAUCUAUCAUAAUUUGGCGAAGCUAUAUUUAGCAACUCAGCAAUAUAGUAUGGCAACGAAGAAUGCCCAACAAGCAAAUCCUCAUCAUAAACGAAGUCCAUAUUUACUUCCAUAUUCAAUAAUUGAUGAUAGUAUUAAAAAAAUUAAUCGAGAUACAGCAAGUGAAACUGUUAAAACACUUCUUUCAUAUGGUUAUACAAUAGAUACACCAACAGGUGAUAUUGAAGAUCUUAAUCGACGUAAUAAAGAUGUUAAAGAUAAUGAACGUAUGUCAAAUUAUCGAACAUAUCGUGCUGAAAAAACAUUUUCUGUAACACGUGGUAAAUGGUAUUAUGAAGUUGAAUUAUUAACAUCAGGUCGAAUGUUAAUUGGAUGGGGACAUGCAUCAAAUCUUAGUGCAUUUUAUUCACUUGGUACCGAUUCAUAUGGAUAUUCAUUUGAUGGUUUAAAUGCACGACGUUUUCAUCAUAAUACAUAUGAUAGAUUUGGUAAACAAUGGACAAAAAAUGAUGUUGUUGGUUGUAUGAUUGAUUUACAUGAUAAAACAAUAAGUUUUUCAUUAAAUGGUGAAUUAAUGUUAGAUAAUUAUGGUAAUGAAACAGCUUUUGAUGGACUUGAUAUUGAUGAAAUUGGUUUUGUACCAGCAAUAACAUCAUUUAGUGGACAAAAAGCUCGAUUCAAUUUUGGACAAGAUGUUCAUUCAUUAAAAUAUUUUACAUCUUGUGGUUUACAAGAAGGAUAUGAACCAUUUUGCGUAAAUAUGUCAAAAAAUGCAACGUUUUGGUAUUCAAAUUUUAUUCCUCGUUUUAUACCAAUCAAGUCAAAUUCAUCAUCUUUCGAAGUCAUUCGAAUUGGUGCAAGUCGCGAUGAUCCACCAUUAAUAAAAUUACAAUCUCGAUUAUUUGGUACAUUGGAAAAAGUUGAAUUUGAAUUUCUACGUUUAUCACUUCCUAUAUCAUGUCAUGAUAAAUUUGUACCAAGACAAGUAACUCUUGAACGACGUCAAAUAGUCUUAAAUGAAUAUCUUGAGUCUCAUGCUGAAAAACAUAAUUUUAUAUUUCUAUCUAAACCAACUACACCAUCAUCAAAUGAACAAACAGAAAGUUCAACAACAGAUAAAUCUCAAUCUGAUUCAGCAAAUCCACUUGUCAAAUUUACUGAUCAAUCAACAUCAAGAAAAAGUCCAUUAUCAAUAAUGAGUGAAAAUAAAUCAAAUGCAAAAUCAUCAACAAAGAAAUUCAAUAGUUUUUUUCAAUCACUCUUAAAAGAACAACAACCACCUACAAAACGUAUGGUUAAAUUAAAUAUAGAUCCAAAUACAACAAAUAUAAAUCAACAAAAUCAAUUACAAUCUGCUUUAAAACCUCCAAUAAAACCAUCAAAUAAUACUAUGACAGGAAAAUCUACAAAUGAAAAUGAUACAGAAUUUAAUGAUCAACAAACAAAUGAUUAUGAAGAUGAUGAUAUACGUAUAAUUAAUGAACAUGUUCAUGAUUAUUAUUAUGCAAUUAGAAUUUUACCUGGUCAAAAUCCACGUUCAGUAUUUAUUGGUUGGGUAACAUCAAGAUUUAAACCAAUAAAUCGACAAUAUGAUACAACAAUAAAUAAAUUAACUAAACUUAUUCGACAUUGUACAAUAACACAAACUGGAGAUGAUGGUUCAAUUGUUGAAAGUAUUCGACGACAAGAUGCUUAUAUGUUUUGUGCAGCUGAUUUAUUAGAUAAUAUAAUUGAUAAAGAAAAUGUUACGAGACAUGUUGUUAAUGGUUUAUUAAUUGGAUGUUUAUGUGAUGUAUCAACUGGACAAUUAACAUUUUAUGUUAAUGGAAAAGAAUCAACACAAAAAUUUCAAGUUGAACCAAGUACUAAACUUUAUCCAGCUGUAUUUGUUGAACCAACAGUUAAAGAAGUAUUACAAUUUGAAUUAGGACGUAUCAAAAAUUGUUUACCAUUAACUGCUGCUCUAUUUCCAAGUUUAAAUCGUGAAGAACGUUUUAUUCCUCAAUUACCAUCUCGUUUACGUUUACCAUNUAAAGCGGCAAUGAAGUCUUCAUGCGUGAAUAUGCAGUGCGUACAAAUGAUGUACAUCUGA